GCUCUACCCACUCGCAGAAGUUCCAUUGCCAAAAUUGACAUUUGACUUUCCCAGAAAAAAUUGCGUUUAGAUUUCCCUUUAAAAAACUUGAUUUUUCUCGUAUUAUUUCUUUUUUGUGUCUUGUGGUAGUUGUGUGAGGAAAACCUUUAAAAAUUGGUGAGCCAAUGCCCGUGAAGGUUGAACCACCCCCACCUGCAAACUCAAAGCAAUUGGGUGCAACUACAACCCUACUUUACAAUGGAAGUCGCUUCAAAGGGUCCCAGAAAUCAAAAGGCAACUCAUACGAAGUCGAAGUUGUGCUACAGCACGUCGACGAGGAGAACUCCUAUCUUUGUGGAUAUCUAAAGAUCACUGGACUUACAUUUGAGUUUCCCACCCUCACUACGUUCUUCGAUGGCGAGAUCAUCUCGAAGAAGUAUCCAUUCUUAACGAGGAAAUGGGACGCAGACGAGGAUGUCGAUAGGAAACACUGGAGCAAAUUCUCAACAUUUGCUGAAUUUUACUCAAAGACCUUCAAUUCGGACAAUUUUGACUAUGAGAGUUUGGCCAAAAGCGACUUUGUAUUUAUGCGAUGGAAAGAACACUUUUUAGUACCUGAUCACACGAUAAAGGAUAUCAAUGGGGCAUCCUUUGCUGGCUUCUACUAUAUAUGCUUUCAAAAAUCAAAAGCAACAAUGGAAGGGUACUACUAUCACAGAUCAUCUGAAUGGUUUCAGUCGCUACAUUUGGAGCAUGUUCCCGAUAAGUGUAUCCAAAUUUAUGAGUUUAGAUAAAAUGCCACCAAUUCGGGAACAUUUAAAAGAAAGAAAAAACAAUUACUUACCGAUUUUGAAAAGGGAAUGAGGUAACCUCCAAAAUUUUUAAACAAAAAGAUUUAAAUAUUAGAAUAUUUGAGAGAGAGAGAAGGAAGUUUUUUUUGCAGAAAUUGCAAAAAAAAAGAAAACAAAUUGAUAUAGAUAUUUCUUCCUUUUUUCUUGCGGUGUCUUUUUAAACAAAAAAAAAUAACUUUUGCUUUCAUAAAUUUUUUCAACAAUUUUUUCUUUUACAUCUCAUUAAAAUUAUUUGGCGGAGGUAAUGACAAAAGGGUAAUUGAUUUAAAGAAAUGGUAAUAUUUCGGUAAUUUUAAUUUGUCAAGAAUGUACGUAAAAAUUAUUUUUAAGACUUACAAAUUUAUAUUUUGCUAAUUGUGGAACGAAAAAAAUAUACAGAUGAAUCAAUGAUCCUUAAAAAAAUUUAAGAAAGAAGAAAAAAAUGUACAUGAAAAAAUUAAAAGUCGUGCAAUGAGCAGGAUUAAUUCAAUUGA